UUUGUCUUCGCGCAGCCGCUCCGCUAUUUGCUUUCCGACCCCGCAAUGCAUCGGCGCGUAAUUUCGCCCGAUCUCUCUCGGCGAACGCGUCAUCCCUCCGCAGCCACAGACGGGGCGGCGCGACCCCGAAUAACCGAGCUCUUUUACGAAAACGAACGAAGAAAGCGUCGACCGCUCGUUGACAGCCAGCCGUCGUUCCUCGUCUGCAUUUCUUUUCUCUCUGCUUUUUGUGUAUACGUAACCACUUGUGCGCCGCCAUCUCCGCCUCCGAUGCUGGGAGACCUAUUACUCCCGUUCCUUCGACGAGGGCUUCCCACCUGCAACUGCUGCCGCGAACACGUGUUGGCUGCACUGCCUUCUCUCGCGUUUUCGUCGCAUUCUUGCCGGGACGAUGGCUGGCUGGCGGUUCCGCGUCUUGGCGUUUUCUUUUCGCCGUCCAGCAACCUGUAGCUCUCUCCGUAUCUUCUGCCGUUGGCACCGGACGCUCACCGCAUAAGUGGUGCAGCGGGCAAACAGAGGGCCGCCCCGGCACCCGCCUUUUACUUCCAUCUGCGCAGCCUCUCUUCGCCCGCCGCCGAGACCGUGAGAGGCGGCAGCCGGGCUGGCGACCGCCAUCAUGGAGCUGCUGCCGACACCACCGUGGGCCCUGCGUUGGGCUCUGGCCGCCGUGUGGACCUGCUGCCUCUGGCAUUCGGCACGAUCGUUCCAACAGGUCUGCUACCUGGUAGCGCCGGUCAACUCGUCUGACGCGCUGCCCAUCGCCUCGGUAAACGUGCGCCUGUGCAGCCAUGUGAUCAUGGGCUUCGGCACCGUCGCGGAAGAUGGCAGCGUCGACCUGGACGCGCUUGGUGGCCCCCAGGCAUUGGCAUCUCUAGCCACGCUGCGAAAGCGUCGACCGGACCUCAAGCUCAUGAUCUCCAUAGGAGGGGGAGGGGGUGACGGCAACUUCAGGACUAUGGUGUCCGGCGCCGACAGCAGAUGGAGGUUCAUCGCGUCAGCGAUAUCAGCGUUGCGGGCGGCCCUCUUGGACGGACUCGACAUCGACUGGGAGUUCCCCAAGCUGAUGGAUGGCAGUCGCUUCGCGCGCCUGCUCAAGGCGGCGUCCGUGGAGUUCAAGAAGGACGCCCAGUGGCCGCUACUACUGUCCGUUGCGGUGCCUGCUCAAAGUUUGCUCAUCAUCGGCGCCUACGAUGUCAAGGCGAUGGCCAGGUCCGUGGACUUUGUGAACCUGAUGACGUAUGACUUGAACAUCUACAACUGGUAUACACCAUGGUUGCGUCACAACAGUCCCCUGCGGUCCAGCGCCACCGACCCGCCAUACUUCAAUACGCUCAAUGUGGAGUCAAGCGCCAAGCUGUGGGCAACCUUGGGCAUGCCAAAGUCCAAGAUCAUGGUGGGCAUUCCGACCUAUGGACUGUCGUGGGUGCUGCGCGAUCCCGACCGCUGGCAGGUCGGCUCGAUAGCCGCCGGUCGUUACGAAUACGGCGGCGGAUUUGUCAGUUACCCUCAGGUGUGCACGUUGCUUGAAAACGGCGCUCAGCGGGAGUACGACGCCGAAGCCAUGGUGCCUUUCCUGCACAAAGGAAAGCUGUGGGUCAGCUACGACGACCAACAGAGUGUCGCGCUCAAGGCGUCGUGGACCGCGCGCAGCGGCUACGGAGGCACCAUGACGUUCAGCCUCAACUCUGAUGACUGGGCCGGUGCCUGCGGCGACGGACCCUUCCCGUUGCAGAGGGCCAUCGGGAGCGCGGUCUCCGUGGAGCAGCCAGUGGUGGGCCUCGUGGAUGCUGCUACACCUUGACGAGGAGCCUUCGACGAAGCACCGACCGCGUCACCACGUGACGUAGUGCGACGAAAACGUGCCACACGCAGGAAAGCAUGGGUCUGCCGCCGAACGUUCCCGGGUAUUCGUGCGGCAGCUUCUUUCGCCCCGACCGCUCUCCGACGCACCACGCUAUGUCCAGCUACAGAGAGCAUGCGUUCUAGCCCACCAGCUAUAAAUUCGCUUCUGCGCCAGUCGAACAGCACGCUACCACGCGUGUUGAGGAAAUGGCAAUUAUUGAAGAGGUCGUAGGCAUGACGAGCGGCACUCUCGUGCCAAUCUGGUCUUGUUCGUUGCUGGUUUCCGUUACGCAGCGUUUCAGUCUCACGCCUUCGUUCCGGUAAGAAAUACGAACCAGAAAUGGUGUAUUAGUGCCGCAGUAAACACUGGCUACGACGAAAUUGCUUUUUCAAAUAUCACUAUACAAUCUUUCUUUUUCGCUGCAGGAUGACUCCAAUUCUUUAGUAUAGAGGGUUAGUAAAAGAGGCGACAGCAGGAAUAAAGGUGGGCGCAUGUGGUGCAAUGGCCUUCCGCUUUAUCUACAAAACCAAAAAGUGCUAUGAAAAUGUGAGGAACUUUCUUCUUUUCCGACUCCUCAAAGUUUGAAGUGUCGGUAGUGCAGUGAUAACCUCUCCGCGAGGACCAGCAACAACUCCGAUCUUGAGCGCUGUGGCCUGCGCACUUUUGACACAAAUUUCACGUGUAUAUAGCACCAUCAGCGUUAGCUUAAUGAAAAAGGUGUAUCGAACAAUUUUAUUGAUAUGGGGGUCCAUUAGCUGCAGUUUAGAGGACCGCGGUGUAAACCGUAUACUGCGGUACAUAUCUGGCACGAAGAACCGAACAAUCGAGCGCUAUCAGGAUACAAGAAGAUUCUUUCCUGGCCACGAAAUGGGAAAGCUUGCUACAUGUCGCGCAUGGUAUACAGCCAUUCUGAUAUGCGUUACCGCAGUGCUAUAUUGCUCAUGUUAAGACUUCAUACUUCCUCUUGACAUUGAGAAAUAUAUGCGGAAGGCGACAGAAGAAUAGAGUACGAUCGAGUUGCUCUUAGACCUUAAAGUGCGUUUUUCUUCCUCUUUUUUCCCCCCCAUCCGUGUCUCGAUUCCCUUUCACAUCAAGACGUAAAGACGGGGCGAGAGCCUAUAAAUGAUCAAGUCACGUUUCAUUAGCCAAGUGUGCGUGCCAACCUUGACGAGUAUUAUUUUCCGAGAGCUACACGAAGUGCUUCGGACGUUGACUUCUCGCAGCAGCUUGCACGUCGCGGUGCACGAACCAACGGUUACAACGUCGAUCAUCCCAUUCCCUUUGCCCUGGCUUUCCCGCAGCAAUCGAAGAGCCGGCCAUGGAAGAGCAGAGCUGUGACUAAGUUCGCUUCGCUCGUGCGUACCAAAACCUUAUCCACCGUACCUCACGUGCAAGUUGAAACUGCCGAGCAAGCGGUCGGCUUAAAUUUGUGUACACAUGCUUCCUUUGCUACAGGUCGCAUCACCACCUCACAAAUUUCGAUCUCGUAACGCGCGUUCCUGACGAGAAGACGGCGCAAGUCUUCGUAGUUUGCAAUUGCAUAUUUGCAACAUAAUUAAUGCGUACUCUAGCUUGAACGUCAUGUCGGUCUAUUUUAUUAGUCGUUUUUUUCUAAGUCUCCUUUCUACAGUGACUUCUGACAUUAAAUCAAACUUUGACAAAAAACUUGCUUUGUGUCCGUGUAAAGAAAAAAAAGGAAAGAAAGAAAACACACACGCACUCACACGAAAACGCAAAAUUAUUCACUUUCCACGCACUGUGGGAGGCGAUGCUCUGCGAAUCAUUUCAUUUGCAAGUAUAGAUUGAUAUUCAGCAUCGUUUGUGGUUCUGCAAAGCGUUACCAGAUGGAGCAACAAGACGACGACAGUUAAAGUCCCUUAACGAUAGUAUAUAUGACGCCUACGAGCGGUGGCAUGCGGCGGAAGAGAGGUUACAAGCCCUGUAUAUAUAAUGAUCCCGAAGCCGGUACCAUGUCACAUGCACAGUGUUUCUUCCCUGUUUUUAAUUUCUUUCUCUACUCGUUCUCAGAUGCGCUGAUGUCAAGAACAAGUCUGAAAGUGCUGGCUGCCACAGGGCAAGGACUGGGGAAAGUGGGCCGAUCCCGCAGGCGGUGGGUGAAGCGUGACACAGCGCCUCAACGAGAUAUAGCUGCGACGAGGAAAGUACGGGCGAAACUGCCGUGCUGACGCUUCUAUAAGCAGCUGCGCAACGUGACGCCCGCCCCAGUCGUCUUUAAAGCGCUAGUUGGCACUGGCACGAGAGAGUAAAACUCUUGCUUGGGCUAGUUGGUUAAUGCUUGAAUUAGUAAAGGUAAGGCGCAGAAGACCAGGACUAGUAUAUAUGGUAUCGCUAAGGCCGAGCUUCGGAAUUGACAUCGGUGUCACGUAUAGGAAAAUUGCCGGGGUGCCUACAUCGUCCCAUCAUCUGCUAUGGUCAACGUAGCACCUUGCAUGGCCAGAAGUAAAUUCUCGGAUAAGUCUAUCUGUCUGACAAUUUAUCCAAAAUAAAAAAGGGGACAUUCAGUUUUGUUCGGCAUUAAAGCGUGAGGAGGCGCCCCACGAUAUACUGACGCUAAACGUCUUUAAAAUCAGUCAAAGUGUGUCGCUUGCUAAAAUCGCAUGUAACGAAAUAAAGUAUUAUACUGCUUGAAUAUUUGCAGCCAUACUACCCACGCGCCUU